CCUAAAGCUAAUUAUGGAGGUGGCCGGCGUGGCCGUCACCGGCACAGUGGCGUUCCUACUCUGCCUCGGCCUCUCUCGUCGGUGCAUCUUGCAAUGCCGCGACGGCAGGACGACGGCGACGACGACCAAGACGAAAUCCGUCGGACCGCGGUCGUACUUCCGUGGCGAAGCCGUGGAACUCAUCGAGCUCGAGCAAGGCACCGGCGUCACUGGGCCAAGGAGAUUCUCCUACGACGAGCUCGCCGCCGCCACCGAAAACUUCUCCGACGACCGGAAGCUAGGAGAAGGUGGCUUCGGAUCGGUGUACCGUGGGUUCUUGGUGGGCCUAAACCUCCACGUGGCCAUCAAGAGGGUCUCUAAGACCUCCCCGCAGGGCUGGAAGGAGUUCAUGUCGGAGGUGAAGAUCAUCAGCGGGCUCAGGCACCGGAACCUCGUGCUGCUCAUCGGCUGGUGCUGCGGCGGCGGCGACCUCCUCCUCGUCUACGAGCUGAUGCCCAGCGGCAGCGUGGACGGCCACCUCCACGGCCCGGGCAAGCAGCUCGGCUGGCCGGCGAGGUACCAGAUCGCCCUCGGGAUCGGCUCCGCCCUCGUGUACCUACACCAGGAGACGGAGCCGCGCGUCGUGCACCGCGACGUCAAGCCAAGCAACGUGAUGCUGGACGCGGCGUUCACGGUCAAGCUCGGGGACUUCGGGCUGGCGCGGGCGGUCGAGGACGGCGGCCGGCGGUCGCGGACCACGGCGCCUGCGGGCACGACGGGGUACCUGGACCCGGAGUGCCUGGCCACCGGCAAGGCCAGCGUGGAGUCUGACGUGUACAGCUUCGGCGUCGUGCUCCUCGAGCUCGCCUCCGGGCGGCGCCCCGUGGCGACGCUGCCGGACGGGAGCAUGACCCACCUGGCGCGGAGGGUGCGGGACCUGCACGACGCCGGGAGGGUCCUGGACGCGGCGGACGCGCGGCUGGCCGGCGACUACGACGCCGAACAGAUGAAGCGCGUGAUCGUCGUCGGGCUCUGGUGCACGCACCCGGACCGGAGCCUGAGACCGGACGUCAGGCACGCGGUGAACGCGCUCCGGUUCGACGUCCCGCUGCCGAUCCUCCCGGCGAGGACGCCGGCCGUCGCAGCACGGCUUGCGCCGCCGCUGGCCGAUGCGCUGUUUCCUGUGACCGGCGGCUCCGGCACACCUGCGACGAUCAGUGCCGCCGGUGGUGGCUCCGAUGAUGGGCAGAGAAUUGAUAUGGUGUGACGGAAUGGCAAUAAGGGAUCUGCUUGACAUUCAAAAUCUGUUCACAAACAAAGGUCAAGACAAGAUCAUUCCCAAUCCCAACAGGCGCUAGAUACUUGUUGACAUUGCAGAGGUGAUGUUUGUCCCAUGACAAGAUGGAUCAGAGUUCAUCAGCAGGCCACCAGCGGGCCGGCGGCGUGUAGACCACCACCGGCGCCCUCGCUGGGAGGAGGCUCGGCAGCGGCAGCUCGAACCGCCGCAUGGCGGGGACAUCCUGAUGGAACACCCCCCCCCCCCAACACUCUUUAGCCAUGGAUGAAGUAGAGGGAGAAAAAAAGGAGGAGGAGGAAGAAAAAUAGGGAAGGGAGGAAGAAUCUGUAGUUAAACCGUGUUCCAAAGCAGAAUUUUCCUGAGCUUUUCUCCUUUGCUAAGAAGGUUUAUAUCUCACUUAGAGCAGCUAUUGAUGUAGAUGGACCUGCCUCCUUAUUCCACCUGCCUAUCUCCAAUAUAGCUCUGCAGCAGCUAAAUAUACGAGCAGAGGACCUCAGUAUUUUUGAGGAAACCAAUGAAACAGAUAUUUGUUCAUAUAUUUGAGGUUCUCUCUUAAUCUCAUCAUCUAAAGCACAUGUUCAUUUAACUGGCCAUAGAGUUGUUCAUGCUGCCUUUAAAUGGAUGUGGAAGUCAGUCUGUCAGAAUAAACACAAGAUUUUCUUUUAGCUGUUGUUAAAGGAUAAGCUCAGCACAAGAGAACUACUUAGAGAAGAAGCAUGGAAUUACCUGAUUACACUUGUGGUUGCUCCUCUCUUUUGGUGGAGGAAUCUUUAGCGCACCUCUUUAUUCAUUGCCCAUUUGCACAAGCCUGCUGGAAUGGUUUGGGACUUAUAGCUGGGCAAGAUGAUCCUUUUAACACACUUGAUCAACUUUAAGAAUCAGCUGGGCAUACCUUUCUUCAUGGAAGUUAGUAUUGUUAUGAGCUGGUGUAUUUGGAUGCAAUGGAAUGAUCAGAUUUUCAAAGGAAUUCAACCAUCUCAAUCUUCAUGUCUUCUGCAUUUCAAGAAAGAAUUUGAUCUGGUUAUCCUAAGAGCAAAAGCUAGAUACCAAGAUUCUAUGUCUUCAUGGCUAAGAAACCUUCUGUAAUCUUUUUUAUUUUCUUCAGUGGCCGCUAGCACCCAGCAGGAGGCUUUCUUGAUGGCGCCCUGGAGAGGUAUGGUGUGGAGAACGACACGCCUCGGCGUCCUCGCGUUUGCUAGCGAUGGAGCUUGGUGUUGCACAAAAGCUCCGGGUGAUGGCGGGCGGGCGGCGGUCUCAUCAUCGUUUGGCACUUUUGCUGUGAUUAACAAGAAAGGCAGGCUUCUGAGUUUUGAUGAACCAUUCAGAGUCGUACUGAUGAAAACCAUUCAGGGCGGGGAGUUCGACGCCCGGGAGAUGGAGAGCGUGCUGGUGGAGUGGUGGCCGGGCUCUGGUGCUCGCAGCCGCAGGACGAUCGGAACGCGAGGCCGUCCAUCAUGCAGGUCCUCGCCGUGCUGCGGUUCGAGCUGCCGCUGCCGAGCCUCCUCCCUGCGAGGGCGCCGCCGGUGGCGUGGUGGUCUACACGCCGCCGGCCAGCUGGCCUGCUGACGAACUCCGAUCCAUGUUCUCAUGGGACGAACAACACCUCUGCAAUGUCAACAAGUAUCUAGCAAGUGGCCAGGAGAGCAGGAGGAGGCUCCAACGACCGAUUUGAUUGCUAGCUAGCUGGUGAGUGUCCUGGGAAUCUUGAGAUGCCUCCAACCUGUUUCUGCGUCUUGUCUAUAUCAGUCAGGAUCAGUAAUGAUGAACGUCCAGGCAUUGUCAUCAUCUUGCCAUGAAGAGCCUUUUUUAU